ACCUGUAUCGUAAAGUGGCAAAUCUCAAGUGUUGCGCUGAUCACGUAAUAACCCCCGCUGGAUCUCUCAUUUGAUAGCCAAUUACUCUACCUCCUUUUUCUUCAAGCCCCUUAUAUUCAGUACUUUCCCAUCCAUUGCUGUAUGAACGACUGGAGAUUCUUGGAUCUCAAAUCUUAUAUCCCUAACGAAUCAAGUGUCACGAAGUAUGUUGCUUUCACCCCUUCUCAGAUCUGCGUCCAAACAUCAUGGAGCUAUCACUCUUCUCUGCCGUGGAGCUCAUUCUAAAUACAAUGAUGAUAAUGAUCAUUGUCACUUGCUCAUCGUUGGAGGCGGCACUGGUGGAUGCACAAUCGCAGCAAAGGCAAUACAUCAUUUCGAAAACAAUGAUAUUUAUAUUUUGGAACCACAAGGAACUCAUUACUAUCAGCCCCUGUGGACAUUAGUUGGUGGAGGUGUCUAUUCGCUUGCAGAUUCAAGAAGACCAAUGUCUUCAGUAAUACCGGAAGGUGUAACAUGGUACCAAGAGGCUGCGGAAGCUUUUAAUCCCAAGGAAAACUUUGUCAAGACAUCCAAGGGAAAAAAAAUUUACUAUGAUUACAUGGUGAUAGCAACUGGAAUUGAAACAAGAUUUGAUCUGAUCCCUGGACUGGUGCAAGCCUUGGAAGAUCCAACUAGUGGUGUUUGCUCGAACUAUUCUAGCCAAUAUGUGACCAAAACAUUUGAAACUAUACGAAAGUUUGACUCCGGGAAUGCUGUUUUUACUUUCCCAAGCACUCCUGUUAAAUGUGCCGGUGCGCCACAGAAAAUUUGUUACCUAUCGGAAUCUUACUUUUCAAAGCAUGGAAAACGAGACAAGGCAAAUGUGAAGUACUUUGCUGCGACUCCUGUCAUUUUUUCUUGUAAAAAGUAUGCAGAUGAACUGCAUAAAAUUUGUGCCCGGAGAAAUAUUGAAGUUAAUCUCAGACAUAAUCUGAAAGAGAUUUUACCAAAUUCCAAGGAAGCUGUAUUUGAUGUUUUAGAUAAGCCUGGUGAAGUUGUGAAAGUGCCAUUUUCAAUGCUUCAUGUGACUCCUCCAAUGACACCUCCUGCUGUUCUGAAAACUGGGCCUUUGCUGACCGAUGAAAGUGGGUUUGUGAAUGUGGACAAGGAAACAUUACAGCAUAAGCAUUAUAAAAAUAUUUUUGCGCUCGGUGAUAGUUCAAAUUUACCUACUUCCAAAACUGCUGCGGCUGUAGCUGCUCAAAGUAAAAUUCUGUGGAAUAAUCUGUAUGCUUGUCUCGAUGGAAAACCAGUCGAAUCAUCAUACAAUGGUUACACAUCUUGUCCCCUUGUGACUGGUUAUGAUUCAUUGAUUAUGGCGGAGUUUGAUUAUAAGCUGCAGCCUAUGGAAACGUUCCCUUUUAAUCAAGCGAAAGAAAGAAAAUCAAUGUACUUUCUUAAGAAGAAUGUAUUGCCAUUCAUGUAUUGGAAUGGCAUGUUAAAGGGAAUUUGGAAUGGCCCUGGUGCUUUCAGAAAAUUGUUUCAUCCUUUUGCAGAUUUAAUGAAAAAUGAUACUGCCAAAUGAAAGAACGCAUCAAUACAUCAAAAAUUUUCCCAAAAAUAAUCCUGUUUUCAUGGAUUCCUUAGAUGUAUCGGUAUGUAUUUGUUAUUGACUGUUUACUUUUGUAGAUCGCUCAAAAGCAAUUGUGACCCCCAGAUACUUUUGAAUCAAAGCUCUUCAGCAAUUUUUUUUUCAGUUUAUUUUUAGUCAACGAUCAUGAUUAUCAACCUCAUGCAUGAGUGACCUCACUGUAACUCUUAUUUGCCAUCAGUAUUCAGCACAAUUUUAAAGUGUGAGAAUAUUUUUUAGUAUAGUUUAACUCCAUACAUGAUAUAAACCUCCAAAAAUUCUCUCUCCCUGGAUAUAGGGCGAUAAAAUUGGGAAAAGUAAAAAAUGUCAAUAAAAUUUGGAUGGCUGAAGUUGAAAAAUGCGUAUCUCAGAUUGCAACUUCGUAAGACUCCACUCAUGUUCUAUUUUUUCAAAGAAAAACUAACCAACCGUUCCUAAUGACAUUUUCUGUUAAUUUUCUUCUCUUGUUUUAAAAAAAAUCAUCCAAAAUAACAAGGAAACAUUUGAAUUAGUUGUUUUUGAAGGAAUUAAAAACUUUAUCAGAUAUUUUUAAAAGCUUCAAUUGAGAGACUCAUUUUUGGCAUUUAGCCGUUUAUUCGUUAACUUGAUCAUAGGUCUUGUCAUUUCAGUUGAAGGCAUCAGUCAAAUUCGUUUGUGAUUGUGAAAAAAAAUAUCCAGCAAACAUCAUCUAAAAUGUAAGAAUUGCUCUAAUUACUUUGUAAGAUACAUUUUGGGUCCUAUUGCCUAAACUCCGGAUCAGUUUGAAAUAACUAAGUUGAUUGUGAAGAUAACUCUUGAGUUGUGAACAAGAUUUUGAACAUGUAUAAUUCUUUCGUGAAUCUUCAUUUCAUGAGUAUAAAAAAUCAGGGACCUUAGAGACUACUUAAUCUGUGCAAACACAACCUUACACAACCUCUUUCCAGUUGAUUGAUUUCACUAGAUAUGAAUCCAUUUGUUCUCUUGAAAUCCACAAGUUUUCUCUCAGAAUUUAAAAUAAAAGUGGGUAAAUCAAGUUGGUUUAAUAAGGUUCACAUUCUUGUAUGACUUAAAUAACGUCUCACAUGUAUACCUACUUUCAAACUGUCUAUCCCUUGGAAUAUUUUGAUCUUUUUAUAAAUUUGCUUCAAGCUUGACCUGUGAUUUUUGUUAGGUAUCAAUUUUAUUAAUUAGUUUCAACUGCAAUAAGUAAUGAAAUAAAAAUCUAUAUCUUUGUUAGUCAAAGACUAUUUUAUUUUCAUCACUCUGCUUGACUCAUUUCAGAUUUUUGUAGCACUGAUAAUGCAGGUAUGGGAUUAUCAAUAAGUUUCUUGGAUGCUAGGUCAUAGCUAAGAAGGUUUGACUUUAUCACUGCUGUUAUUACUAUUUCUCUUGGUUCUUUCAAGAGGAAUUUUUGUCUUUUGAGCGGAGGGAGUUUAUGGUUCAUGGAAAGUUUGAAAGUUUUUCCCUUGAAAUCUAUCCUGCUGUGCCAAGCAAGAAUCAUGGCAUUUAAAGAUGGCAGAUUUUGCACAGCAACUUUCGCGUCCUCUUGUUUUUUGGUGUCUUGAAUUGUCAUUGAAAUCGAAAAUCGAGUAAUUUCCAUCAUAAAAGUUUGAUCACCCACCAAGUAUGCUUGCUUUUUCUCAGUAUCCCAAGAUCUUUAUUGUGGAGGAAGAAUGAUGUAAUCAGGACUGCCUUUUAUCUUUAGUUUUUGUAUUUAUUACACUACAUACAUAAACAGUCAUGGCUUUAAUGGUACAUGAACAGAAGAAUCUUAUGACAUCCAUCAAAUGGAGAAAUAUCGAGAACAUCAUUAAAGUUGACAUCAAAAGUUCAAAAGAAGGAUCAUUGGAGCCUUAAUAUCAAAACUUGCAAUAUCGGCGGAGAUGCAUCAGUCCUUUCUUCUUUGAAAAUUAUUAGACGGAACACUAAUGGAAGUAAUUACUUGAAAUUUUCUCCAAUUUUCUGAUUUUUUGAUAAAAAACCCUGAUAAAUUUUGAAGUACAUAAGUUUGCUGAUCUUAUUUCUUUAAAAGAUUAGACAGAAUGGUAGGCAUCACCAUGCAUUGCUUUUGUAAGUUUUGAUACAAGAUGCUCAAGUCACAGCGUAUAAAUCAUUGUAAUAUGAAAUUGCCAUUAAAUAGGUGUUUAUCACAGAAAUUAAAUGUUUUACAAUUGAAAUUUGCAUACUGAGUCGUCUGCACGUACUUACACUGUUUUAAACAUUUUUUUCGCAUCUUCAAUUAUCUCAAGACAGUUUUGUGAUUCCCGAAAAUAAAAUGGUGUUAGCUGCUCCUGAUUUACAAAGUUGGUGAAAUAAAAUAUGCACAAAUAA